AUGCAUCUUGUCUCAUCUUCUUCCACCGUCUCCAUUUUCCUCUUCCUUCUCACAUUCCUCUUCCAUUCCUCUCCAACCUCCGCAUCAUAUUCCGAAACAUGCUCCGGCAUAGUACCGUUCCGACAGCGCGCCGACACGAUUUCCAUAACCGAUUUCGGCGGUGUCGGCGACGGAAAAACACUCAACACCAAAGCUUUCAGGGAAGCUAUUUACCGGAUCCAGCAUAUUAGGAGACGCGGCGGCACGCUUCUCUAUGUGCCGCCGGGAGUGUACUUGACGGAAAGCUUCAAUCUUACCAGUCAUAUGACUCUUUAUCUUGCUGCUGGUGCUGUUAUUAAAGCUACACAGAGGUUUUGGAAUUGGCCUUUAAUUGCACCUUUACCGUCUUAUGGAAGAGGAAGGGAGCUCCCUGGAGGAAGGUAUAUAAGUUUUAUUCAUGGCGAUGGAGUCCGCAAUGUAAUAAUCACAGGUGAGAAUGGGACAAUUGAUGGGCAGGGAGAUGUAUGGUGGAACAUGUGGAGGCAGAGAACUCUUCAAUUUACAAGACCAAACCUUGUUGAGUUUUUGAAUUCAAGAAAUAUUAUUAUUUCAAAUGUGAUUUUCAAGAAUUCUCCCUUCUGGAAUAUUCAUCCAGUUUACUGCAGCAAUGUUGUAGUUCGAUAUGUCACAAUUUUGGCUCCUCGUGACUCUCCUAACACUGAUGGAAUUGAUCCAGAUUCAAGUUCAAAUGUCUGCAUAGAGGACUCAUACAUAUCAACAGGAGAUGAUCUUGUGGCCGUGAAGAGUGGAUGGGACGAAUACGGUAUUUCAUAUGGCCGUCCUAGCUCGGAUAUCACAAUCCGUCGUCUAACUGGAUCAUCUCCAUUUGCCGGCAUUGCAGUAGGCAGUGAAACAUCAGGCGGAGUACGGAAUGUACUCGCCGAACACAUCAACCUCUUCAACAUGGGAAUUGGUAUCCACAUUAAGACAAACAUUGGAAGAGGAGGGAUUAUCAAGAAUCUAACAGUGUCUAGUGUGUAUAUCGAAAACGCAAGGACGGGAAUAAAAAUUUCUGGUGAUGUCGGUGAUCAUCCCGAUGAAAAUUUUAACUCUAAUGCUUUACCAGUUGUGAAGGGAAUCACAAUUAAGAAUGUUUGGGGUGUGCAUGUUUUGCAAGCUGGUUUGAUACGUGGAUUGAGUAAUUCACCUUUUACUGAUAUUUGUUUCUAUGAUAUUAACCUUUACGGUGAGACAGGAUCGUCAGCUAGAUCUUCUCCACCUUGGAAGUGUUCUGAUGUCUCUGGAUUUGCUCAUCAGGUUAGUCCUUGGCCAUGUUCUCAGCUAAGCAGCCAACAGUCUGGAUCAUGUACCAAUUACUAA